GCACCCUCCGGCGGUCUCCGCGGCGGCGGCGGCCUGGGCGGACCGUGCGGUGUGCGCAGGCGCGCAGCCUAGACCUCGCUGCAGCCCCCGGCGCCUCCGGGAGUUGCACCCUCGGAGUCCACCCGCUGGCGCGUCAGUGCUCUCCCCCUUGCCCGUGCUCCCGGGUUCCCCUUUCGCCCUACGCGCCCCAAUGGCGGAGCUGCGGCCUAGCCUGCCCCCCGGCCCCGCCGCGCCCCCGGCCCCUGGCCCGACUGCCCCGCCGCCCUUCGCCUCGCUCUUCCCCCCGGGACUGCACGCCAUCUACGGAGAGUGCCGCCGCCUCUACCCCGACCAGCCGAACCCGCUCCAGGUUACCGCUAUCGUCAAGUACUGGUUGGGCGGCCCAGACCCCUUGGACUAUGUUAGCAUGUACAGGAACGUGGGGAGCCCAUCUGCCAGCAUCCCCGAGCACUGGCAUUACGUCAGCUUCGGCCUGAGCGAUCUCUACGGUGACAGCAGAGUCCACGAAUUUACGGGAACAGACGGACCUAGUGGUUUUGGCUUUGAGUUGACAUUUCGUCUGAAGAGAGAAACGGGGGAGUCUGCCCCCCCAACCUGGCCCGCGGAGCUGAUGCAGGGAUUGGCCAGAUACGUGUUCCAGUCAGAGAACACCUUCUGCAGCGGGGACCACGUGUCCUGGCACAGCCCCCUGGACAACAGCGAGUCGAGGAUCCAGCACAUGCUGCUGACGGAGGACCCGCAGAUGCAGCCCGUGCAGACGCCCUUCGGGGUCGUCACCUUCCUGCAGAUCGUCGGCGUCUGCACGGAGGAGCUACACGCCGCCCAGCAGUGGAACGGGCAGGGCAUCCUGGAGCUGCUGCGGACGGUGCCUGUGGCUGGCGGCCCCUGGCUGAUAACGGACAUGCGGCGGGGAGAGACCAUCUUCGAGAUCGAUCCACACCUGCAACAGGAGAGAGUUGACAAGGGCAUCGAGACGGACGGCUCCAACCUGAGCGGUGUCAGCGCCAAGUGUGCCUGGGAUGACCUGAGCCGGCCGCCCGAAGACGACGAGGACAGCCGGAGCAUCUGCAUCGGCUCGCAGCCCCGGCGGCUCUCGGGCAAAGACACAGAGCAGAUCCGCGAGACCCUGAGGAGAGGACUCGAGAUCAACAGCAAACCCGUCCUUCCGCCCAUCAACCCUCAGCGGCAGAACGGCUUCUCCCUCGACCGGGCCCCGAGUCGCAAGGACAGCCUGGAGAGCGACAGCUCCACGGCCAUCAUCCCGCACGAGCUGAUCCGCACGAGACAGCUUGAAAGCGUGCACCUGAAGUUCAACCAGGAGUCUGGCGCCCUCAUCCCCCUCUGCCUCCGGGGCAGGCUCCUGCAUGGGCGGCACUUCACCUAUAAGAGCAUCACGGGCGACAUGGCCAUCACGUUCGUCUCCACAGGAGUGGAAGGCGCCUUUGCCACCGAGGAGCACCCGUACGCGGCUCACGGACCCUGGUUACAAAUUCUGUUGACGGAAGAAUUUGUAGAGAAAAUGUUGGAGGACUUGGAAGAUCUGACUUCUCCAGAAGAGUGCAAGCUGCCUAAGGAGUACAGCUGGCCCGAAAAGAAGCUGAAAGUCUCCAUCCUCCCCGACGUGGUGUUCGACAGUCCUCUGCACUAACGUGGGCUGGGCCCCACCGGGGCCACGAGCACACCCAGCUGCUCCCAGGGACUUCCGGGGAGACCCCUGCACCCGGAGAUCCUGCAGGGGACAGGACGCGCGUGAGGACAGGCCCAGCUCACCUGCCGCAGCCCCGCUGGCCUCCAGGGCCCCGCGUGGGCAGCCGUCAAGCUUCCCCCUCCUGCUGCGGACCUUGACUGUGGCCCUCGGUGGAGACAGACGGAACCGGGCAGCGGGGAGGGUGGCCGGACGGGUGCUCUGCCCAGCUCACUGCGAAGCCUGUGGGCACUCAGCCCCUCUGGCCAUGGGACAGCCCAGGCCCCCACGCUGGUUUCCCUCCUCCUUAUUGUAUUUUAUAGACACCGGACGGUAUUUUAUUGCUCUUCAAAGAUGUCCAGAAGCCAUGUAUAUAAUUUUUUUUUUUUUGUAAACAGAACUUUAUUCUUAGAUGUACUGUCUCAUUCUCUUGGCCCCAGCCUGGGGGUCCUGUCUCUCGCUGAACACCAGAGAAGGUGCCAGAGUUUACCUGGUAUAGCUGGGGCCCCGGGGGCUAGCUGAGAUGCUUCCCCACAUCUGAGCCCUGAGCCCAGUGUAGGUAGACAGGGCCCUCACACACUUCAUGGGCCGUCAGAGUCGUGGAGACUAACCCAGCCUCCCUUCCCAGGCUGAGGCUCGGGGUCUCACAUCACCUCCGCCUGCCCCCCUCAUUCACACAUCCUCCCGCCCUCCAGCUUUACGACGGGUGGAAAAAAUCAGCCCCUCAGGCUGUCCUUCACCCCAGUUUUGUUUCUCUUUGGGGUCCACACCCAGUGGUGCUCAGGGGUUACUCCUGGCUCUGCACUCAGGAAUUGCUCCUGGCAGAUUUGGGAGAUCAUCUGGGAUGCCAAAGCCAGGGACCGAAGCCAGUUGGCCACAUGCGAGGCAAAUGCUCUAUCUGCUGUCCUGUCGCUCCGUCCCCUUUCACUUCAUUUGAGCAAACACUGCUUGCUGUGCCCUCCCACCCCUGCCUCAACUCACUCUUCUUCCUCGCCUGUCCUCCCCAGCCACCUGCUGUCUGCUCGCUCUCCCGCCCCAGCCCUGCUGGUUCAUCGUCUUCCCUCCAGCAGCCUGUCUAGCUCAGGCCCAUGGUUUGGGGGUUCCUCUAAGGAAUCAGCAAAUGACUUCCAUUCCCCUCUCACCUGACUCUUGAGGCUGCUCUCUCUGAGAUCCCUUUGCAUGGUUGGGAGAGACAGUACAGGGUUGGUAAGAUUCCUUCCUUGUAAGCCGCUGACCCCCCAGUACUGCCUGGAGUGAUCCCUGAGUACCACCAGGUAUGGCCCUAAAGAUCCCUCUGUCGGGCCUCCCCGAAGCGCAGUCCUCGAAGCCCACAGGCCAGGGGGGAGACACUAUCAGAGCACUCGGAGGCCACCAGGCACAGGAGCCCUCCCUUGGCAGACCCCAGCCAAGAAGCUGCUUCCAGGGCCAGGAGUUGGGUUCCCAGGGGGCCCCCAGGACACGGCGCCUUUGCACAUACCUUGGGACCGCCCGGGCUACUGCGUCCAGCUCGGAGCCGCAGCUGGACACAGGACGUGAAUCAGGCUGAGACCCUUCUCCGCAGUCCUCACCCCAGCACCCUCACCUCAGAGGUGCCCAAGAGUACUGGCAGCUCACCUCCCUCUUGCCAUCUCCGUGCUUACUUUUGGGGGCUGGCCUCCACCUGCCAUACUUAGAUCUUUUUGUUUGUUUUCAUUUUUGGGUUUUUGGGGGAGGGAGGUUGGGCUACACCCAGCCCGUGCUCAGGGCUUACUCCUGGGUCUCCACUCAGGCGUCACUCCUGGUGGGGCUUGGGGAACCAUAUGGAAUACUGGGGAUCAUACCUCGGUUCACGGCGGCCAAGUGCAAGGCAAACACCUGCCCACUGUACUACCUGAUGCUGAGACUGGGGUCAGGCCCCACUGAGAACAUCACCCCACUCCUCGCCAGCGCCCCUUCUUCUCAGGUAUGGUGCUCACAGCAAUUCUUCAGAAACGGGGUGCCGCUUGGGUUUCCGGCCCUUGAAGGGACCCCUCACUGAGGAUCAAGGGCGUCGACCCUGUUCCAGACCCGGCACAGCCCCUUCAUAGGAUAACUCUGUGAAAUGCGCCCCUUUUCCUCCCUGAGGUUCUUGGGGAGCCCCCCCUCACGGCGGACUAGGUGUGACCUUCAGGAGCUUCCUUCCACGUGCCUCUUCCCCCCUCUUCUUGAGGUGUGCCCCUACUCUGCCCUCCUGAGGGACCCCAGCCCACCCGGGUCUUUUGUCUCCUGGUUUGGGGGACGCACUGCCUUUCUCACAGGCCCGUCUAGCCCCUGUGGCCCUGCCAAAAGCAAGACUUCAGGACUUGGACGGGGAGCCUGGGGAGCCCCUACAAAAAUGAACAUGGCCUGGGACUGGGUUUUGAGUUGAGAGCAGAGAAAACCCCAAGUUGACGCCCCUAUGGGGCAGUUCCCUUGACUUUUUUUUUUUAAUCUGGUUGUCUGUCCUCACUGGCAUUCAGUCCUCUGUGCCAGGGAGGUGAUGGGGUCCCUGUUACAAGUCAGGAGCCCUAGAGAGCCCCUCCUUUUGUACAAGACCCCCAGUGGUGCAGUGCACAGAUUUUUGUAGCGUUUUCUAUGAGUUUCUAAUGUCAGUGGCGACUUGGUUCCUCGGGGCUGCAGCCAGCCUGGGACUUUUGUAAGAAUUUCUGGGUGACUCACUUAGAGGUCGUUUCCCUCCUGCCCCCUCUUCCUCUGUGUAAUCAAAGCGCAUUAAACGUAUUU